UCUUUUGCUUACUUUGCAUAAUUUAUGGUUUGUGGCGUGGAAGUGUAUAUAUAUGAUGUACUCUUAUAUGUUGCUUCCUUUUUUACUUUCUUUAACCAUUAUAAGUCUUGGUUUUUUAAAUUUCAAUCUAGUUCUUUCUUCUGGGCUCAGUUUUAUGUGUGUGUGUUGAUGUUCUUGGUACUGCUUUCAGGACUUUAGAUAUGCAAGAUUUCAUAGAGAAAGUGGAAAACUCAAGAUGAGAUAGUAUCUUUUUGAAGUUUGCAGGUUUUGGGUAUUUGAUGUUCUUGUCGGAACUUGAGAGUUUUGAGUAUUUAGAUCGGUUUUUGUAGUGGCUUUUGAAAUUUUGGAUUCCGGGUAUUUUAGCUGUGAGUAAGCUUUCCAUUUUGUUGCGGGGGAGAAGGGGAAUCGAUGGUCAUGGAUCAACCCUUGGGAGAAUUCUAUGGUUCUCUGAACCGAUUCAGGAUUGAUGAUGAGACUUUUCCGGUCUCGUCCAAUCAAAAUCUUAUAGUUUUCAGCCAAAACUAUGUCAAUUCUGCUUCACCUCUUGAUCCAAACUCCAGUAAAGCUAGUCUAUUGUCGACCGUGAGUCAAGAGGGAGAUUCGCAUGAAGAUUAUGAUUUUAGUGAUGUGGUCCUGAAGUACAUUAGCCAGAUGCUUAUGGAAGAAGACAUAGAAGAGCAGAAUUGCAUGUUCCAAGAAUCGUCAGCAGCUCUUCAAGCUGCUGAGAAGUCAUUGUAUGAACUUAUUGGGGAAGAGUAUCCUCCAUUUCCUAACCAAAAGUCAGUUUCUAAAGUUGAUCAAAAGCAUGAAAGCCAAGAUGAAAGGCACGAUUUGACCUGCAACUACAGUAGUAGCAUUGGCUGUGUUAGUACUAGCAGCCUAACAGAUCCAGGGUGGUAUCCUCCAUUUCCUAACCAUGAGUCAGUUUCUAAUGUUGAUCAAAAGCAUGAAAGCCCGGAUGAAAAACGUGAUUUAACCAGCAACUGCAGUAGUAGCAUUAGCGUUGUUAGUCCUAGCUACCUGGCAGAUCCAGGGGGGAAUUCUGAUUUUGGUGAGCACAAGUCCUUGUGUGUUGCUUUGCAGACAAGUUCUCAGUCAUCCCCUGGUUCAGCCAACAGUGCUGCUAAUGUUGUAUAUGGGUUCAUGGAUUCCCCAGUAAGCAAUAUCAGAUUUCCCGAUAUAUUUGAUGACAGGGAGUCUGUCACGCGCUUUAAGAGAGGGCUUGAAGAGGCAAGUAAGUUCCUUCCAAACAGCACUAACCUCUCUGUUGGUCUUGGGUAUAGUGGGUUGUCUAUUAAAGAUCUAAAAGAAGAGCCCGAGUGUAUUGUAGUUAAGGCAGAGAAAAAGGUCGAGGAAGAGUGCUCACUGGAUGGAUCGAGGGGGAGAAAAAAUCCAUUCCCUGAGGAUGUGUUUACUGAAAGUGAGAGGAGGAGCAAACAAUCAGCUUUUUCUACCGACUCAAAUGUUAGUCCAGAAAUGUAUGAUAUGGUGUUGCUACAGUGUGGAAGUGGAACAGAAGCUGCUCUUCGUGAGGCCUGGCAAAAUGAGACAAAUAAGAACACCCAGCAGAACGGCCAAUUAACAGGGACCAGUGGCGGAAAGUCUCGUAGGAAGAAGCAAGAACGUAAAAAGGAUAUAGUAGAUUUAAGGACUCUCGUGACUCUUUGUGCACAAGCUGUUGGAGCUGCUGACAAUAGGAGUGCAAGUGAGCUUCUUAAACAAAUCAGACAGCAUUCUUCUCCCAUGGGGGAUGGGAUGCAGAGGAUGGCCCACUAUUUUGCUAUUGGAUUGGAGGCACGCUUAGCUGGUUCAGGAACCGAGGCUUAUGCUGCCUUAGUUAAUAAACCAGUUUCAGCUGCUGAUGUUUUGAAAGGUUAUCAUUUGUUUCUUGCUGCAUGUCCAUUUAGGAAGAUGUCAAAUUUCUUCUCAAACAAGACAAUCAUAAAAGUAGCUGAGAAAGCAACAAAGCUCCAUAUAAUUGAUUUUGGUAUUCUCUAUGGUUUUCAAUGGCCCUGCCUCAUACAUCGUCUCUCAUCUAGGCAUGGGGGACCUCCUAGACUUCGGAUCACUGGGGUAGAUCUUCCACAACCGGGUUUUCGGCCGGCUAAAAGGGUUGAGGAGGCAGGGCGUCGCUUAGCAAACUAUGCUAACACAUUCAAAGUUCCAUUUGAAUUCAGUCCAAUAGCUCAAAAGUGGGACACAAUUAAAAUUGAGGAUCUUAAGAUUGAAAGCGAUGAAGUGCUUGUUGUAAACUGUUUGUACAGGUUCAGAAACCUACUUGAUGAGAGUGUGGUGGUGGAUAGUCCUCGGAAUAAAGUCCUAAACCUGAUAAGAAAAAUAAAUCCCACAGUUUUCAUAUUGGGUAUUGUGAAUGGGACCUAUAAUGCACCCUUCUUUAUCACAAGAUUCCGGGAGGCUCUCUUUCACUACUCUACUUUGUUUGACAUGCUUGAGACAACAGUGCCUCGUGAGAUUCAAGAGAGGAUGCUGGUAGAGAGAGAGCUAUUUGGGCGUGAAGUCAUGAAUGUCAUAGCAUGCGAAGGCGCUGAGAGAAUUGAAAGACCAGAGACAUACAAGCAGUGGCAGGCCCGGAAUUUGAGGGCUGGGUUUAGGCAGCUCCCUUUGAAUGAGGAAAUAAAAAGCAUGACAAAGGAGCGGGUGGCUACAAACUAUCACAAAGAUUUUGUUAUUGAGGAAGAUAGCAAGUGGUUGCUUCAAGGAUGGAAAGGAAGAAUUGUUUAUGCACUUUCUUCUUGGGUUCCUGCUUGUUAAGAAGAUGUUUAUUGUUAGUCAUGAAUGGCAGGAUCCUGGGUUUUCCUCGUAGCCACACUUCACUCUCUCUUUCAAUCGGAUUCUGCUAUCAAGGUUAUGGAAUAGAAUAUUAGCUGCUGAUUAUCGUAUUACUAGGGGGCAUUGAUCCUUUGAAGGCAGCUUCCAUUAGCAGUCAUAGAUUUUCUAGAAGAAAGAGAAGACUAUGUUGCAUGGACAUUGACUUAAGGAGAUAAAUACUUUCAUUAUACAUGAAAAAUGCCGGUCACUACAGUGAGGCCUUGAUGUUGGAUAUGGAACAUGUUGCAAGAGAGGCCUGCAAGAGCCAAAAAUUGGACAACAAGAAACUGGGUAAUGGCUGAAGAGAUGGAACGAACCAAUGAAGUAAGAGAGAGUCUCAUCCACAAAUGCUUAGCACGAGUCCCUUCUCCAUUGUGGGUUCAAUUAUGUGGAGGACUCCUUUGUGGGAUCAAGUAUAUGGCAAGGAAGAAAAGGGUUUGGACCUUCAAGUAUUGCGUUUGAAGGUUACUUGAAAGGAAAAUUUAACUCGUAUAUUUAGUUUGUGAACUCAAUGCAUAUUCAUGAACUUUUAGCUUUGUGCAGAUUCUUCUUCCUAGAUCUUUAGGACAGGAAUCACGGCUACUGCAAAAAAAUUAUCUGGGGAGGAUUAAGAAUCUUAGCCUGUAACUUUGACAUGUUUAGAGUUUAAUCAUGAGUAUAAUUGCCUUGUUAAUGAUUCAAUUAUCUUACUUUAAACUAUAAUGGCAGUGUCUUUUAUCUGCC